ACAACUAGCACCAUAACAACUAAGCAACACAUGCAACACAUGUAGAAAUGGCGACUGAAGGAGAAGCGCGUGCUGCUGCUGCGGAAAUUAUAAACUCUUUAACCCGGCAUUUAAACUGUUUGAAUGAAGGUGAGAAAAACACAAGGAAACGGGCAUUGGAGACUAUAAAAAAAGAAACCAUCGACAAAUGCUUGCCAAGUGCCGUGUUACAGGAAGUUUUUGCGUCUGUGCUGAAGUCGCUGCUAAAGUGCUUGUCAGACCCGAUGGAAAGAUGCCGAGAAACUGCUAUUCAAAUCAUUGGAGACUUCAUCAGAUGCGUAUCAAAGCCAGAAUGGUCUCUUCCUUAUGUCAUUCCCUCUGUGGCUCAGCGGCUCGGGGGGAAAGAGAGAGUAGAGCCGGCAGAGGAGUUGCGCCUGGAAAUGGUGAAAGUUCUGGUGCUAAUUGUGGAGGUCUGCGGGGGGCACCUUGCACCCUACCUGGACGAUAUGAUCCGAAUCCUGCAGAGGACCAUCACUGACCCUUUUCCCGAAGUUAUAAAGGAAAGUUGUAUAUGCUGCAGACUUUUAGCCCGGAGUGUACCAGACCACUUUCACAUGCAAGCAGAAUCCCUGGUUAAGCCGUUGAUGCAGAAUAUCUCCCACCAGCAUUCCCGGGUUCGAGUGGCCGUCAUAGAGGCCACUGGGGCUGUUGUCCUGUAUGGCACAGUGAAAGCCAUGGAUGAUGUGCUCUCUCACAUAGCACAAAGACUGUUUGAUAACUCGCCCCAGGUGAGAAAAGCUGUGACAGUGGUUGCUGGUGACUGGCUUCUUAAACUCCAUGACAGAUACUCUUACUUCUCCAAGCUUAUUCCACUGUUGCUGAGCAGCCUCAGUGAUGAUCUACCAGAGAUAAAAGCUUUAGCAUGGGAUCUCUGGAGGCAAGUUGGUACUCAGUGGGAGAAAGAAAAUGAAGAUGAUCUGAAAGACAAACUGGAUUUUGAUCUUUUCCCACCUUUGCAGUACCCUUCUGAAGUGGAUCGUCCAGGGCUGGGCUGCAGGGAGCUGGUGGUGAGGAACUUGUCUAAGCUAAUGCCAGCUUUGAGUCGUGAAGUUAGUGAUUGGCUGGUGCAGACAAGAGUGAAGACAGUGCAGCUCUUGCAGGUUCUCCUGCUGCAUGCUGAAGACCACUGCACCCAACACCUCCAGCAACUGCUGGCAAUUCUUUACCAUGCCUGCACUGACUCAGAACCAGAUGUCAGAACAAACGGUUUGGAGUCAGCCAGGCUCCUAGGGAUGUUUGUUAACCCAGAGGUUUUCAUCAAGCUCUUACUGGCUCAUGUGAAGGACUCCUCCUCUUACUUCUGUUCUUCUCCUUUGGCUCCUCUAAUGGUGUUGGCAGCAAUGCUGAAGGGGAGCAACAGGAAGCUGCUGAGUCCACAGCUUCUCCACAUUGGACAAAUACUUGCCGAUCCUGGUGUCUGUCAGGAGACUCAGAACACUCUGUAUGUUGAGCAGCUACUGGCAUGUGUGAAGGUUCUUUUGGACGUGUGUGAGGAAGAUUGUGGCAUCAUCAGUCUUGAACUGCUAAAGGUUCUAGUAACUGUGCAGUGUAUUUCUACAGAGCCACAUAUCCAUACUAAGGCAGAGGAGUGUGUACUGCGAUUGUGUCACGUGCUAAAUCUCAAUAGUGUGCAUGAGCUGUACAGACAACACAUGGACAAGUUGCUUCAGUGGCUGUUAGAAUCCCAAAAUUCUUGGUCCACAUAUUCUAUCCAGAAAACCCAACUGGAGAUUAUCGCACUUCAGUCCGGCCCAGUGGUUGGAGAAUUUCUUCCAGAGUUCAUCACUCUAUUAAAGAAUUGUUUAUUGCCCAGUCAAGACCCAGAGAUGCGGCUGCCCAUUUUCACCAUGCUCUCUAAGCUUCUGUUGAAUUCUAGUGAUACACUGGAUUCACAAAGGAAGUUUUGUGAAUACCUGGAGGUAUUUCUGCAGGAGCUUCUGUUUCCCAACCUGGUGUGGCAUGCAGGCCGUACUGCUGCUGCAGUUCGCACUUCGGCUCUCAGCUGUCUACUAGCUAUGCUGCAGGGUGGAACACUUUCCAAGGAACAGGUUCUAAAUAGGGAGACAGAAUUCAGUGCUUAUCUCAUUUCAGCACUGGAGGAAGACUCUCAGCUCUCUCGGGUGUUUGCCUGUAGAUCAAUAUCCUCAUUCAUUACUGUUGCAGAACAAGGCCUUAACCCAGACACACUCAACAAGAUCUACCCAGAGCUUUUAAAAAGGAUAGAUGACCGCAGCCAGGAAGUGUGUGCUGAAGCUCUGAAAACUCUAAGUGUGUGGUUUUCCUCUUUAGACAAAAACUAUGACACACACACAAACCGUUCAAAUCUGGAGUUCCUUUUCCAACAUUUGCUGUUGUACUUAGAUGACCCUGACAACCAAAUCCAGCUACGGGUGCUAGAUGUUCUGAAGGCUGGGAGUGUUGCAGACCCUGUUCUUUUGCAGCAGAAGGUGGAGGAAGUGAGAGAGAAACAGCGCAGCUCUGAGUAUUGUGAUCAGCUGCUCCAACACAUACAGGCUCUCUGAUACACCCUCAAGCUUCUAUCUUUUAAUAUUUGAUUGACUUGACGUGACGUGACGUGACUUGGUGUAUGUGGUAUACAUGACCAAAUAAAAAUUUUUUUUAUAAA